AGCAGGUGCACCGUCGCGCAGAAUAUAUUUGAUUUAAUAAACAGUCAAAGUCUAGCGACAAUGGUCGACCAGUUUGUCGGAACAUGGAAAAUAACCUCCAGUGAGAACUUUGAUGAGUAUAUGAAGGCAAUAGGUGUCGGUUUCGCCACCCGGCAGAUGGGAAACUUGGCCAAACCGAAUUUGUCGUUAAGUGUGGAUGACCAGGGGGUUAUAACCUUAAAAGCACUUACCACCUUCAAAACCACGGAGAUUCAGUUUAAACUGGGCGAGGAAUUUGACGAGACGACUGCUGAUGACAGAAAAACGAAGACCGUUAUCACCUUGGAGAACGGGAAACUUGUGCAGAAGCAGACGUGGGAUGGAAAGACUACAUCGAUUGAAAGGGAGAUUCAAGACGGCAAAAUGAUAGCGAAAUGCUACAUGGAUGACGUGGUAGCUGUGAGAACCUAUGAGAAGGAAGCAUGAUUGGCUGCAUCUUCUGCUGUAGAACAUUCAG